UGUUGUGCUCCCCGUUGAAACACAACAGAAGAAGCUCAACCAACAACCACGUGUGUUUUGCCCAGUUCUAUAGCGGACACAGUUAGCAUACAUUCCAGCAAGUGCCAAUUAAUUUAAGCGAACUUUACAAAACUAUCGAUUAUUUAUUUGUGUAUAAGAAAAUGACGAAGGUUAAGAAGGCCAAAAGUGACGCGGAGGAAGCCUCACCCGAGAAGUCUUACCAGGAAUUGUUGGCUAACCAGAACGCCAUCGCUCAGCCACUAGCCUCCAAGAAGCUCAGCAAGAAACUUUACAAAUGUGUCAAAAAGGCUUCCAAAUUGAAGAACAUCCGCAGAGGAGUGAAGGAAGUUCAAAAGUUCAUCAACAAAGGAGAGAACGGCAUUGUGAUACUAGCAGGCGACACACUACCCAUUGAGGUCUACUGCCACUUGCCAGUCAUGUGUGAGGACAGAAACCUGCCGUACGCGUACAUCCCCUCUAAAGUGGAUUUGGGCGCAUCUGCAGGCUCUAAGAGGCCCACCUGCGUGAUCAUGAUCAAACCCCACGCUGACUAUCAGGAGGCGUACGAUGAGUGUGUGGAUGAAGUGUCCAGCUUGCCCAAACCACUCUGAGCUCAUCAUGGAGCAGCUCUUGUUUGGCCACACCCUAGUAAUUGGUUUUAAAUACAAAAGGACAUUUAAUUUUACAUGUGCUUCAUUGUUUUAUUCUCUAUUUUGUACAGUUCAAAUAUAACAUGGAGCAAUAUGUAUGUUGUUUUUUGUAACUUCUUUUCAAAAUGUAUUGAGUAAACGAGAUGGGUUUUCUUUAAAUAGUUUUGAUCCUUGCUGAAAAAAAAGUUAUACAGCUUUUUAAAUGCUUUUCUUUUGUUGCUGAAUAAAGAAAUACUUAACUGUG